CAAACUAUUGCUAUUGUACAAAUCUAUAUUAGUGGGACGGUGUUUUCGGUGAUUUGUAAGUAAAUUUCGUAGUAAGUUCAAAAUGUGGUGGAUGCGACCGAUGCGCUGUCUGCGAGGCGCUGGGUCCCGCCUGUACGCUGGUAUGCACGACCCCCUAGAUCACGUGACUGGUCUAGAGAAGAGAGAGCUACUCGCACACUUAGCGGGCGACUGUGAUCCAUUCCGUAUUAUGUCUAUCAGAAAAGGUCCUGGUACCAGAGAGCGACCUAACUUGAUCCCAAGUUCGAAUGACAAACGUCUGGUGGCAUGCAGCUGCAGUCCAUGCGACAACCACCUGGAGUUCAUGUGGCUACACCUCGGCUGCCCCAAGAGGUGCGGCUGUGGGUACUGGUUCGAACUCUGUCCAGUAGCACCUCUUUAGAUCUAUUGUAAUUAUUAAUUAAAGUA